GGGCUGCCCAGCCCGGGCCACCGGACAAGCCGGAGCACCCAGCAGCUGGGGCGGCGGGGACCGCGACCGUGCCCAGCCCGAGGAGGAGCCAGGUUUUCCCCAGGCCAACGCCAGUAAACCACCAUCCCAAGGAGCUGGUGUGCCUCCUGCCAUUUGAACCAGAGGGGACUCUUGAGGAAGCCAUCUCAACAGGUCACCAAGACCUAAAGAAAGGAUUAGAGACCACUGUCCACAUCGAAGGAAGGAAGAAGGGAAGGAAGGAAGAAGGGAAGGAAGGAAGGAAGGAAGGAAGGAAGGAAGGAAGGAAGGAAGGAAGGAAGGAAGGAAGGAAGGAAGGAAGGAAAGAAGGAGGGAAGGAAGGAGGAAGGAAAGGAGGGAGGGAGGGAGGAAGGAACCUCUCCACUGAGAAUGACACUAAACACCCAGCAAGAAGCAAAGACCUCCCUGCGGCGGAGAGCCAGCACUCCACUGCCCUUGUCAUCCCGGGGUCACCAGCCUGGCCGCCUAUGUACAGCACCCCCCACUCAAUCCCAGCAUCCCCGACUAGGCCAGUCAGCCUCCCUCAACCCUCCCACCCAGAAACCUUCCUCUGCCCAGGACAGCUGGUCCUCUGAGUCCAGCGAUUCCGAAGGCUCCUGGGAAGCCCUCUACCGAGUGGUGCUGCUUGGAGACCCUGGGGUAGGGAAGACCAGCCUGGCCAGCCUCUUUGCAGGGAAGCAAGAGCGAGACCUUCACGAACAACUGGGAGAUGUGUAUGAGAGAACACUCACGGUGGACGGAGAGGACACCACCCUGGUUGUCAUGGACACCUGGGAGGCCGAGAGACGGGAUGAAAGCUGGAGCCAGGAGUCGUGCCUGCAGGUUGGCAGUGCCUACGUCAUCGUGUACUCCAUCGCGGACCGGGGCAGCUUUGAGAGCGCUUCUGAGCUCCGCGUCCAGCUGAGACGCACACACGGGGCAGACCACGUGCCUAUCAUCCUUGUAGGCAACAAAGCCGACCUGGCGCGCAGCAGGGAAGUCUCUGUGGAAGAGGGCCGCGCCUGCGCCGUGGUGUUCGACUGCAAGUUCAUCGAGACCUCGGCCGCCCUGCAGCACAACGUGGCCGAGCUCUUCGAGGGCGUGGUGCGCCAGCUGCGCCUGCGCCGCAGGGACAGCGCGGCUCCCGCGGCCUCGCGCCGGAGGACCAGCCUCGGCCAGCGCGCUCGGCGCUUCCUGGCACGCCUGACGGCCCGCGGUGCCCACCGCCGGGCGCUGAAAGCCCGCUCGAAGUCCUGCCACAACCUGGCCGUGCUGUGAGGCCAGUGCCCUUCUGGAGGUGACGAGGCGCCUGUGGUGCCACCGGGAGAGCAGAAGAUGCGUCGCUGGGAGGCCGCAUGGUGCGCCUGGCCGGUCCCUUGCCGCGGUGCACGGGGCCAGCGCUUCGAGGACCCUUCCUACCCCGGGGAAGCGAUCGGAGAGACUAUAGGGCUGUAGGCCCAAGCUGGGUGCAAAGGAGGUUGCUUUUUGUUUUUGUUUUGUUGGUUUUUUUUUUACAGGGUGGGUGCCUUUUUUCCUUCUCUCUGGGCUUUGACCAACCCUCGGAAACCUCCACAAUAAAUCAGUCCAGGAUGGCCCGUCCGAUGCCAGGAUCUCUCCUUGGGCUCCUCCAGGCAUCUCCACCUCCUCCUCUCCCAUCUGCCCUCCUGACCGAAGACCUGGUUUCGCCCGCUGGCCUAGGUGUCCUGGCCAAUCAGUCAAGUCAUUUUAACGGAACUGAUGUGGACUCGAAACGUCCCUACGGGUUCAGUCCCCACCCCAGGCCUUCGAGGCUGAGGAUCACAGAAACGCCUCAACUCUAAGUAACCUGCUGUUCUCUCCUAAAUUCAUUUUACAGAUUAUUAGAGGCACCAGGUGUUGUCUGGAGGGAGUCUCAGAACUGGCUUUUCUAAGCUGCCACACCCCGCCCAACACCUGUACUUUUAGUCUCCUUUGACUAAUUACGAGAGAAGGCUGGUGCGGAGGCUAGAACUGCUGAAGUGAGUUUGUCAAGAUUCGUUUCUAACUUACCCACAGUUCUCUGUACAACGUGGACAGCGCUGCUGGGGGUGUAGCCCAGUGGUAGAACUUCCUAGCAUGUGAUGCCCUGCAUUUGAUCACGACACUGAAUUU